AAGCCAUCGCGAGGUUUGGCUGGACCAGACGAUUGUACUCGUGACUCCCAAACCUUAGGCUUCCAGGUGCUUUGAACUCCCAAUUCCCAGAAGCCUCAGCUGCUUUGGUCAGUUGUCAAGGAUCAAAACGUCCUGUAAUGCAUUCGUUUCCAACCUUGAUGUUUUGGACUUCAUCUCCCAGAAGCCCCGGCCGGUAUGAUCAAGGCUGUGGAAUUCUGGGAGUUGAAGUCCAAAAUUUGUAGUCGAAAGAGGAAGGAAAGGGACUUCUUUGGCUUCUUCGACCGCCCUUUGCGAUUCGCUGCGUUCAGCCAUACAGUCCUGGAUUCCUCUGCUGCCUUUUCUGAGAUGCUGACACUUUUGCAAUGCUAAAGAGGAAAAAGAAAUGUCAGAGGAUACUGUGAAGAAACCUCAAAAAGAAGAGAGUGGCUGUAUUUCUACAUACACACACAGUGAUAGUGGAUAGCAUGCAUUGAGUGCAUGCAGUAUGUGAUACUGGCAUUUUCCUUGCUGCCUAGAAGUGCAAUCCCAUGGCACAAGAGCUGCAGAAGGGCAGAGUUCACCAGUUGGGGCUGUGUCUGCUUUGCGGUUUACCAGCAGCAGGUAAAACAACAACAGGACAGGUACUGAGCCAAUCACUGAGGAAGCACAAAGGAUGGCAGUGUGUUCUUCUCACUUACGAUGAUCUCAUUCCUAUGGAGGCGUUCACCCAAAUGAAGGAACUAGAGGAACAGCCGUCUUUGAUGGGUAGCUGGAGAUUAUACCGUCAUGAAUUAUUGCUGUGCCUUGAACACUUCUUCCAAACUCAUAUUAAAGGAUGCCAUUAUUCUCCUCCUCAAAACAUAACUGAAACAACAUGGGAAAGAUUUGUCUGCUGUUUGAAAGAGCAAGGAUUAAUAACAGUGGGAAGAGAAGACUCUGCAUCUUGUCAAUAUUUAAUAGAUUUCACCUCUCCCAGUCCAAUAUAUUUUGUUUUAGAUGACAAUUUUUAUUAUCGGAGUAUGAGAUAUGAAGUAUACCAGUUAGCUCGCCAGUAUGCACUUGGCUUCUGCCAGGUAUUUCUAGACUGCCAAGUUGAGGUUUGCUUGGAGAGGAACAGCCAGAGGAAACAACCAUUACCUGAAGAAACCAUACAUGCAAUGGCACAGAAAAUAGAAUGCCCAAAUCCAGAGAAGUAUGCAUGGGAGCAUAACAGUCUUAUUCUGAAGAGUGUGGGAUAUGCAUUAGAAGAUAAUCUUCAAAUGCUAGAUUUGUUGUCUGCUGCUUUGGAAAAUCCUAUGAAACCCUUGGAAGAGAAUACAGAACUGAAGGAAAUGGAUCGAGCUAUUUGUGCAACCAGUGCUCUUCAUCAGGCUGACCAGGCUGUCAGGCGAAUAGUGUCACAAACAAUGAAGAAUGCUAAAGAUUAUAAUGUUGCUUCGCAUGAGCUGAAGAGCUUGGCAGAAGAGCUCAACAGGCUGAAGCUGGAGUUCUUGGAAGGCUUAAGACACAAAUCUAACAAAAAAAAUCAGUGUUGUCUACAAAAUAAUACAUUUAAUAUAAAUGUAACAUCUUCAUUCAGCCAAGAGGCAGAUGACGUUGUUAAAAAGUAUUUAAAUAAAAAGUAGCAGCUUUCUGGCUUUGAA